GAAAACAAGAAGAAAAAAAAAUAUGCCAGGUACACUCGUACAAAAAAAGAAAAAGGAAAAAGAAAACAAAAGGUGUGCAAGAAAGACGUUGCAUGGUUCAGCAAGGUCGCAUGGUCUGCAUGGUUGGCAUGCCAUUGGGGAUUGGUUGGUUGAAUGCGUUGGCUGGUUGCUCAUGGACAGGCAGAAAAACGAUUCUUGCUUUUUAUUUUGUUUGGUAAGAACUACUACUACUACAACUGCUACUACCACUACAGUGCCCCAUUUCUAUGCUUCAACUCAGCUGGGGCUGAACACCACGACGCCAGCAUACUAUGAAGGACACUCAUUCCUCAGCAAGCAAGGCAGGCCAUGUCGAUUCCUUCUCCUCCCUCGGAGUGUUUGCUCAUCGUUUCGAGGGAGGGAAGGAACAAUAGUGCGGUGCUGGUGCAAGCAGAAGGAAGGGGGUGGCCAACCUAUGUUGUAUGAAGGAGUGUAUGGGUUAUAUUUGAUCUUCUCGAAUACCUAUUGAAAAAGGGGAAAGAGAGGGGUCGGACCAUUGGGAUGGCGAAGAAAGAAAUAGGCCUACUUCUCCACUCCUCUACUGCUUCUACUUCUUGCUGUUUGCUGCAGCAUGAAAAUCAACAACUCCUCUGCCCCCUAAACUCCGUCUUUUGGGCGUGAGGGUCAGAUCAUACAGCAAUAGCCCA